UGCUAUCCGUCGAUUGCGACAAGAAGGUUGUGAUGAAGGGGAUAGAACAUGGCGCAUCCGACUUUAUGGUGAAGCCAGUUCGUACCCAUGAGCUAAAAAACAUAUGGCAACAUGUUCAAAGGUGGAGAAAUCCCAAAGCAAUAAGCCACAUCAACGAUCAUGACAGUGAUGUCCAGAGAGUUCAACCAGCGACUGCUAAAAAGAGUAAGUUACCGGGGAAUAAGAGAAAUGUUGGAGAUGAUUCUAACAAGCACAAUGAAAGCACAUGUGUAUCCACCACCCACAGAAAGCCAAGGGUGACAUGGACACUUCAGCUGCAUAACAAGUUUCUAGAAGCUAUCAACCAGAUCGGCCUUGAUAGGGCUGUUCCAAAAAAGGUAUUGGAGCUGAUGAAUGUGGAUUACCUCAGUAGAGAGAAUAUCGCGAGUCAUCUACAGAAGUAUAGAUUGCACCUUAAAAAAGUCAACUCAAAUCACUCUGGUGAUGCAUAUGAAAGAUGGAACUCAUCGUACAACAUGAACAACAAGGGCAAUUUCAUGCAUAAUCAUGAACAUGGAAGAUGGAGUGCGUCCUCUAGCGACACUUCCUCUUGGAGUACAAACAACUAUGAUGCAACAGGUCACUUGGCUCCGGCGAUGAACACCCAAAGCAACUUCGACAUGGGGUCAUACCUCCAUGAUGGCAGAGUGCCGAGGUAUGUUGGGAAACAACCGUCAGAUGCAAGAAGAUUCACAGGUUUUGGUGACCCUCCCGUCAGCCUAUACAACAACAUACCCAAUGAGAUAAUGUUAGAUGAAUUUCCUUCAUUCAAUUAUAGUAAUUCCUAUGCUGACCUCAUGUGUGGCAAGCUAAUGGAGACAAGCAAAGGCAAAACCCCUUCCAAUCGUCAAAGUUCAUUUGCAAAUACAACAGUUGGUGGCGGGAGGUCUCUUGUCGCAUCACAGGUGAACUUCCCACAGACCAACCAACUAGAGAGCUAUGCAAUGUCGUUGCCUCUGCAAAAUGAAAAGGCACCAUUCAUAAGCAAUACCACAUUAGUGGGAGGCUUCACUGAGCAGAUGGCACCAUUCAACAUGGCAAGCAACACAAGCUCAGUAGGAACGAUGUUGAAUGGUAGCUCUGCACUUGAUGCAAGUAGAACUUCAACUAAAGAUAAUCAUCUGGUCAAUAGUGAAAGAACUACUUCGAUGCUUUACAACCUUCAGACAAACGAUUUCUUCUCAUUGACUCAGCUACUUGAUGGCGGGGAUGGAGCUAGCAUUCUUCCUAUGCAAGAAGGCACACUUGAUCAGCAACCUCUUAAUGAUCAACUGAAUGAAAUCAAUGCCUUCUCAGUGGAUGAUAUAUUUUCCAACAUGAACCUGGAAGUAAGAGUUUUUCUCAUUUGUAUGAAUCUAUGUGCUGCAUAUGAAUUGUUGAGUUGGACAUGUGUACUUAAGUAACACUUUUCUCUCAAUGUAGGAUUUCACGGGAGAUGACC